GAAGCAGAUGGACGCGAACCCAUCACAGCGGAGACCUGCUGUGUUGUUGAAUGGGUGACAAGGUCCCAGCCACCUCACAGACCCGGUGAAGCCCCCUUUCCGUCGCAUUGUGCAGGACAGGGUCCCCCUGGAGAGAGGCAGGGAUGUACCAGGAGGUGGCCUUCCUGGCGGGCAGCACCGAGCACCAGUUCACCACCUUCCACUUCAAUCCUCUGGAGAACCCGCAGGAGGUCAGCUCCAAGAAGGGCCUGUUCUACAAGCGGGCGCAGCUCCUGCUCCAGCCCCAGCCCCGCCAGCUGGACAGCGACGAGCUGGGCCUGGCUGAUGGGGCGGCCAUCAUCAACGUGGGGGGCAUCAAGUACCGCAUCCCUUGGUCCACGCUGGAUGAGUUCCCGCUGACGCGGCUGGGCAAGCUGCGCAGCUGCAGCAACGAGGCGGAGAUCAUGGACGUGUGUGACGAUUACGACGGCAGCCGCAAUGAGUACUUCUUCGACCGCAGCCCGUUGGCCUUCCGCACCAUCGUCACCUUCCUGGCGGCGGGGAAGCUGCGGCUGCUGAGGGAGAUGUGCGCCCUGUCCUUCCAGGAGGAGCUGCUCUACUGGGGGGUGGAGGAGAACAACCUGGAGUGGUGCUGCCUCAGGAAGCUGCGGCUCAGGCAGGAGGAGUACAAGGAGCAGCAGAGGCUGGAGGACGAGGAGGUGGAGCUCACCUCGCCGCAGUCCUGCGAGGAGUCCCAGCAGCCCCCCGGGGUGGGGGGCCAGGAUGAGGGACGUAUGGCGGGCUGCAUGCGGAGACUGAGGGACAUGGUGGAGAAUCCCCAUUCCGGCCUGCCCGGGAAGAUCUUUGCCUGUCUGUCGGUGUUGUUUGUAGCUAUCACCGCCGUGACGCUGUGUGUCAGCACCAUGCCGGACCUCAGAGAGGAGGAGGAGAGGGGCGAAUGCUCCCAGAGAUGCUACAACAUCUUUGUGCUGGAGACGGUGUGUGUUGGCUGGUUCUCUCUGGAGUUCCUGCUGCGCUUCAUCCAGACACAAAGCAAGUGCAUGUUCCUGCGCACGCCUCUCAAUGUCAUCGACGCGGUGGCCAUCCUGCCCUACUACAUCACCCUCAUUGUGGACUCUCUAUCGGUGGGAGAUAAGCCUGCGGGGUCAGGGAACAAUUACCUGGAGAAGGUGGGGCUGGUCCUGCGUGUCCUCCGGGCUUUGCGGAUCUUCUACGUGAUGAGGUUGGCCCGUCACUCCCUGGGCCUGCAGACGCUCGGCCUGACGGUCAGGCGCUGUACACGUGAGUUCGGCCUGCUGUUGCUGUUCCUGUGCGUGGCCAUGGCCCUUUUUUCCCCGUUGGUGUUCCUAGCUGAGAGCGAGAUGGGCGCCAAGCAGGAAUUCACCAGCAUCCCCGGCAGCUACUGGUGGGCGGUCAUCUCCAUGACCACGGUGGGCUACGGAGACAUGGUGCCAAGAAGCAUCCCGGGCCAGGUGGUGGCGCUCAGCAGCAUCCUGAGUGGCAUCCUGCUUAUGGCGUUCCCUGUCACGUCCAUCUUUCACACCUUCUCUCGCUCCUAUCUGGAGCUGAAGGAGGAGCAGAUCCGGGCACUCAGGCAGAAGCCGGACUCCCAGGACAGCACCAAGUCCCAGAACAGCGAGGACUCGCAGGAUAUGGACAGCUACCAUGGAAUCACCGAAGCUGCCAUCGCCGCCGCACAGAGAAGGAAGUCCAUGGCCGCUCACAAGGCUGUCGAGAGCAGAAGGUCCAUGCAAACUUAA